AAACCAUCUCGGGUGCGCAUGGGACGCAGAUUUGUCUCGAUCAGAGGAUGAGAAGCUGAAUAAGAGAACGAGCUCUAUUCGUAAAGGAGGUUUUUUUUUGGUCGUUUCUGUGGAUAUUAAAACGCGCAAUGGAACAGGAGGAACAGAUUGACUUUCAGGCCGUAAGGGCCAAGUUUCAACAAGAAGAAUUCAUACUGAAGAAACCCAAGAUAAAACCUGUUCUCCCAGAGAAGCCGAAGGUGGUCUCUCCUCCCCAGAGCCCCAGUCAUUACCUCCCUUCAGGUGCACGCCCCUCCCUGCUGACCACCAUUAAUGAGAACUUGGAAAGAAAGACACUAUUUGCCCCAAGAGUGGUCUUCAAAGAUGAUCCGAAAGAGAGCAAAAAACCUCUCAUCGACAAUAAAGACAAAAGUGAAGGGAAACGGAAAGGUGGUAAGCACAAAACACUCAAAGGGAGCAGGGAGAAUCUUCUUAAAGAUUCCGUGGAUCAAAAGAAAGUUAAUAAGAAAGACAAGACGCUUCCUUCGGUUGUCCCUGUAACUCAGAAAGAGAGUACUGCAGAGCUGGUGCCAGCUGCACCCCCACCUAAAGUCACAACAGAGAAAAAGAAGCCUUUCAGUCUUUUCAAAAAGUCAAAACGAGAUUCAGUGUUGAUCUCAGCUGAUCCAAUUCUGGACACCCCAAGCUCAGAUAUUGCUGGACUAGCUCCACUCCUCCCAGUGCCUUCUGAAUCUGGUGGGGAAACAAUACCUAAUUCAACAUCAGAGCCCCAACUACCAGACAACCCCACCUUACCAGAUCACAGUGCUGAUGUAGAAAUGUCCCCAACCUCUACUACUCUUGAAUCUUUUGCCUUCAACCUACCUCCUCCUCUCAUACCUGAGAGCCCACCACCUGAAAUCCCAAUCUUGACCAGUGAAAUCCCACCUGAAAUAGAAAAUCCCACUUUUCCUGUUUCUAGCCAAGAUGAAGCUAUUACCAGUCCACCCAGUGUCUCUCCACCUCUUCCACCCAGCUGUGUCAUCUCUGGUUCUCCUUCCCUGGUUUCUUCUCCAUCUCCAUCACCCCCCGAGCCUGAGAUUACAUCUGAGGUUGGGAAAGAUGAUAUUUAUAUAACUGCUGUGGAGAAACUUCCUUCUCUAGCCACAAACCCUCCAUCUGUUCCACCAUCUCCCAAACCAGAGCGUCCAGUCUCAGCACUCUCUGCCCUGGAGAGGGCAGAGGAUAUGAGUCCUGGAAAAAGAACACCACCAGGUGACCAGAGGAUUUUCAAUGCUCUACAGAAUGCACGCAAGAAGACCAACAGCCCCUUGAUAUGUGACAUGCACUCCUAUUCUGUUACCCCUCCACCUGAGGAAUCCUCCCAGUGUCAGAGCCCCACUGAAAGUCUCCCAGAACUCCCACCCAUUGAUUAUGAAGAUCGAACAGGCAAUGCCCUCCCAUCGAAACCAGCACAAGUCAAUGGCAUUGACCACCGACAGCCCUCUCCAUUGUUGCAAGAAAUCACUGAGGGACCUGACCCUGUCCCUGAGGCGAUUCCCCCGCCUCCACCCAAGAUGACUAUUUCAGAUAAUGGGCUUCUGAAUUCUUCUGUAGAGGAACCUGCCAUACUUAACUCUGCCAACUUGAGUGAAUUCAUUCCUCCACCUGUCAUGAGAGUUAAUGAUAUCCCUGCUCCACUUGAGUUUUCAGAGACCUACACCCCUGAUGUCCCAGAGGUUGACAAUGUGGCUUCAGGCAUUCCUAUUCCCGAGCUGCAGGGAUCAGAGUUGGAGUAUGAGAUGUACCCAGGUGCAGAUGUUCCAGACGGUUACGACCCGCCAAAGGCUCACAGUAAUGUUCCGCAAACCGAGAUCCACACAGAGACACCAUAUGGAGACAUAUCCCAAAAUAAUCCACUACCAGAAUCAUCUCAUGCUCUCGGUCAGGACUUACAACAGGCGUCAGAGCCCCAACCAGAAGACGAUGUUUAUCAGAACACAGAAAAUGCGUACGAGUAUAUCGCCACACCUGAUGGUGACAAGAAAAAAGUCAAGACUAAAGUCAAGAAACGCAAAGAGCCAAAGAAUCCAUAUGUUGAGUCAAUGCCAGUAACAGUAAGCUGCAGUGUAAAAUCAAGACUUUAUUUUUCUUCAUUCAAAAAGAUAAGCUUUCUUUAUGCAAUUUUAAUUCAAAGUUAA